CUCCAUUGAGAACUGUUCACUUGGAAAGCGCGGUAGGUGUAGAAGAUAUUGACAUUAAAAGAAAAGCUUUGGUUUUAUUUUCCAGCAACGGCAUAUUUAACAGCUCGGUUGCGGGUGCAGUAGCACUAUCAGGCACACAGAAUUACACGUCCUGGACAGACGUCGAGAAGCAGAAACGAACGCUCACACGGCCACAGGUAGCUAACUCUCCCGGCUGAGAAGCUCCAAGUGCGGGUCAUGCGGGUGGAUCCGGACGCAGGGCGAGUCGUGUCCCAGUGCUGCUAGCUGUCCGAGAAGCCGAUCAUCAGUUCUUCUUCGCCGGACGCGCGGACCGAGGAAGAGCCAUGUCCCGAAGGAAGCAGAGUAAGCCCCGCCAGAUCAAACGCUCUAUUGGGGAUCUUGAUGCUGGAGAAGACAAUCCACCUGAUGAUGUCAGUCUCUCAGGGGAAGAGGCUGGAGCCUCGGACCAGGAUGACUCGGCGGAGUGCGACGAGUCCAGUCCCUCCUUUGCGCCUCUUUAUAAUGAAGAGCCCAGAACACACGAGUCUCCAGACACGCCAGACAUCGAUGAGGAGGAUGAGAAAGGCUGGAAAGCCAGCGAUGAGGAAGACCAGCAGAUGGAAGAGGAGGAGGCGGAGGAGGAAGUGGAGCCAAAGUGGAAUGGGCCAGAUAAUUUGAAGCUGUGUGAUGGACCAGAGGAUUCUAAGGUAGUGGCUCGUAAGGACCUGUUGGUGGACACACUCUGGGGACCUUUCUCUGGCAGCAUCCAGGGAGAUGAAACUGCAGAUGGAGUAUCUAAGAAGAGCCUGGAUUGUGAUGAUGACGACUGUUGGCUCACAAGAAUACCUGUGACCUCCUGCUCAUCAGAAGCAAACUGCAUCAUUUACAGUCAAGGUGAUGGUCUUUACUGUAAGCUGACUCAGGAGCUCUCUAGUGAAGAUGCUUUAGUGGCCAUCAUUUCCUGGACCAGCACAGAGCAGCAGGCUGCAACCCAAACGCAUAACCCCCCAGUGAAAGAGGAGCCGGUUUACCCAGCAAACCUGCCUUCUGAUAUCCAGCUCCUCCCACAGCAGGCUGGCAUGGCUGCCAUUUUGGCAACUGCAGUUGUUAACAAGGAUAUCUUCCCAUGCAAAGACUGCGGGAUUUGGUACAGAAGUGAGAGGAACCUGCAAGCUCAUCUCAUGUACUACUGUGCCAGCCGGCAGAAGCAAAAGCCAGCGGCUUCCCCUCCACAGGACAAGCCCAAAGACUCCUACCCUAACGAGAGGUUGUGCCCUUUUCCCCAGUGCAACAAGAGUUGCCCCAGUGCUAGCUCACUGGAGAUCCACAUGAGGACACACAGUGGUGAACGUCCAUUUGUCUGUUUGAUCUGCUUGUCUGCAUUCACUACCAAAGCCAACUGUGAGCGGCAUUUGAAGGUGCACACUGACACACUGAACGGUGUGUGCCAUGGCUGUGGAUUCAUUUCUACAACUCGAGAUAUCCUCUACAGCCAUCUGGUCACUAGCCACAUGGUGUGUCAGCCUGGUUCUCGCAGUGAAGGCUAUUCCCCCAAACUUCCAGUGGCCUCAGGCCUUAGUCCUGGAGACUCUGGUAUAUUGCUAAAGUGUCAAGUAUGUGGAUUUUCAGCAGACACUCCUGCUCUGCUUCAGCAGCAUGUUCAUACUCACUUGGAAGUCAGGGUUCCUGUUGAAAGAAGUCACACACCUCGCCAAGGUAGCCCUAUAACUUCAGAGCUCUCAGACUCUCAGGACCAAGAGCUAUCAGUCACCAUGCCCAGACCAGACUCUUCUAGCCCUGGGGCCAAUGGUGGAGCAGCCACCUCCCGAGGCUGUAGUUCUCCAGAGCAGGUAAAGAUCAAAGAAGAGCCACAGUCUGACUCAGAGAGUGAAACAAGGGACGAAGAGCAGGAUGGCAAUCAUAGUGCAAAUGCAACAGAGCCAAGCUCACCCCAUCCUACCUCUCCUGAGAGUCCCCCAGUUAUAGCGGUGAAGGCAGAGCCGGCCAGUCCGACUCCAGGAUCUAGUCCUGUUCACUUGGGAGCGGGAGGAUCAGUGUUACCUGGUGGAGCUUUAUUUCUGCCCCCUUACCUCUUUAGCCCUGAAGCUGCCAUUAUGCCCCAGGCGUCUGAAAUCCUGGCUAAAAUGUCUGAGAUGGUUCAUAGUAGGCUAAAGAGUGGGCAGGUCCCAACAUCUGCACAAGGCUUCUACUCUACAGGCUCUCCUGGUGGUGUCAUCAAGGGUGCAACAUGCUUUGAGUGUGACAUCACGUUCAAUAACAUCAACAACUAUUAUGCCCAUAAGAGAUUGUACUGCUCCAGCAGACAUCAUCAAGGGGAGGGAUCUGGCCUGGUAACAGAUGAUCCAGUAACGGCAACACCCCUUUCAAGUCAUGAUGCCUCUCCACAAGCAGGGCCAGGUAAUUCUACAUCAUCAGCUUCUCCUAGCUAUAGUGACUCUGCAGUGGCUGCCCCAGUUACAGAUAUUAAGCCAACUGAGGUAAAGAGUGAGACUCCAGCACUGAAGGACACUGCAUGCUCAUCUUCUUCAGAAGGUGAAGGUGGGGGAGGAGGUAGGGUAAGUGAGGAGAGCCACAGCCCUGCAGAAAUCAGUGGAUCAGCUGAAGACCUGGAAGAGGAUCCUACUCGCACUUUCUGCCAGGCCUGCAAUAUUCGCUUCAGCAGACAUGAGAACUACAUUGUCCAUAAGAGAUUUUACUGUGCCUCACGUCAUGACCCCUCCAACCAUCGCCUCUUGGCAGGCAAUGUUGCCUUUGUGCCACAGCCCAUUCGUACACGGAAGCGCAAAAAGAUGUAUGAAAUUCAUAUGGCACGGAAUGAGGCCCUUGCCAGUGCUACUGCCCUUCCUGCUGUACCAGGCAUGCCAUUAAAACAAGAGUGUGCCACCGCUCACACUGGGCCACCUGUGGCCAGCAUCGGUGGUUCUGCUCGCAGUUCUAGUCCAGAGGGUGAUGGCCCCAUUGAUCUUAGCAAAAAGCCCUGCUUACGGGAGAACUCAAGAGGACAUAACAUUUCAGCUUUGCCCCUCACUGACUACCAUAAAUGUACAGCCUGUAGUAUCAGCUUCAACAGCAUUGAGAAUUACUUGGCUCACAAAACGUACUACUGCCCUGCCACUGCCUUGCAACCUCAAACUAGGGAGCAGCUGCAUCGACUGAAGAGACCUACUUCCACUUCCCCUAAAAACCGAGUUCCUGAUCUGCAACCUGACACCAAAAGCCACCAAACUGGAAAGCCUGCAGGGGUCCCUCACACGUCUGUCUUACCCAGUCUGGAGUCUACCUCUCAUUCUGUGCCUGGGGUCAAAACCCCCAGCACUCCUCCUGUGAUUUGUCCUUACUGCCCUCCUAAUCGGGCAGUGACCUCUGAUCUGGUGGAGCAUUUCAAGACAGCCCAUGGGCUGGUCCUUGCUACACAGCAGCAGUCUGAGGUCCAACCACCCAAUGUCAGUCCAAGCAAUAGUCUCAGUCCUCGCAAUGGAGCGCCACUAACCCCUCCUAAACCAGGCCCCAGGCCCCAGAGGGAUGGUGUAAAUGGCCGGACCAGGAGGGAUGCUGCCUCUCCCUCCUCUCCCCUGCUUAAUGGAAGCCCUAUAGCACAUCAUCCUAUUGGGGCUGGCUCUCCCAAAGCAGCCCCGCCUGCCCUUUCACCCACAGGCUCAAUUCCACUGACUAUGUCACCUGUGUCUGAUACCUUGAGAGAGUUGGGCUCACAAGGACAUACCACCCCUCACUUGGUUGUCGCAGAAAAAGCUGUAAGCCACAUAUCCCCAACCACACCCAAAACAGUCCUUGCAACGGCAUUACAAAACGGGAAUACUCGCUUCUGUCGACUGUGCAACAUCAAAUUCAGUAGCCUAUCCACUUUCAUUGCACACAAAAAGUACUACUGUUCCUCCCACAGUGCUGAACAUGUAAAGUGAGACUAUCCUUCACAACAUUUUCCUCUCUGCAAGUGCCAAGUGUCACACAUGCAAGUGGUUUUGCCCUGCUUGAUACUCAACAUUGUAUGAAAGUGGGACUGUUACUGUCCAGGAGCUGAGGUUGAUACGCCAACCUGGUUGUUUCUGCUGUUGUUACUAUGGUAACUUAUUGCUUAUUAUGGGUCACAUUUAUAUUACACUAAAUGAUGAGACAUGCUACAUGUGCACAGAAGUGUGCCAAAAUGACCUAAAACUAACGUUAUAAUGGCCCACCACUGAGUUUAAACCCAUGCAUUAUAUCUGCUGAUGGGACACCAGAUCCCACAUUUAUUCCUAUUAAUUCGCUCUUUUGCUUUAAUCACCUAUGUACUUGAUGUUGAUGUUAUGUUUUUACAAUAGUGGCAUCAUGCAUCAUGUCUCAGACCAAUUGUAGUUUUCCUGAGCCAUUAAUUUGGGGCAGUUCUGUCCCCUUUAGUAACUGUAUAUCUCAAGUUUUUUAAUUUCAUGAUGUACUACAAUAUUUUUUGUCCAUACACUGAAUCACCUUUAUAAGAGAGAAGAAAAACAGAGUAGCUCAACAGAUUCUGGUUUUGUGAAGUUACCAGCUCCAGAUGAAAGAUUUAAAGAAGGGAAAUUUUGAACUUAUGUGUUCGUUAACUCUUUACUUAUUUUACUUUAACAGAAUACUACCUACUGUCUUUUUAUGAAAAAAGAAAAAAGAUUUAUAUUUUUGUUUCUAUGUGUAUAUAUAUAAAAUAUUUUUUUUCAUACUGUUAAUAGCAACUAUUUCAAGGGUAGUUUAUUGUAUGUUCCUACAGUAGUUCUUAGGUAUGUGUCUAUUCUUGGUAAUUUCUGGGACAAGGAGUACUCAUGUUUUCACAGUCAGCAUUGCAUUUACAGUAUCUGGUUGGUAAGUGUUGGAAUAGUGCAUUAUGCGUGCAACAGUGCAUUAUGAGUGCACUGUAUUCUUUCUCAGUAUUGGCUUAUUGCUCGGGGUUGGAGGUUUUAAAUGAGGUGGUAGAGAACACCAGUCCAUUAUGAAUUUUCAUGAAGGUUUUGUUUAAGAGAGGUGGGAUAAAGAUGCCGCCUUAUCUGGUUUUUAACUCCGUCGCUCCACACACCGUCACCUUCACAGCCCUGUCGACCUGCUGAUAAACUGUUGUCUAUACUAUGGUAUGGACACUCUCUACACUCACUGGCAAAUCUUGAAUAGUGUGUGACUAUAGGUUGCUGAUGUUUCCAUUUUUAAUCCAGCAGCGAAGUUUAUACUUCAGAGGGGUCUAGCAAAGUAAAGAUUUACUUGCAAGAUUUGCUUUAAUUUCUCUCAUAAGAUGUUGAGUCACACUGAGAUCUCAGUGCAUCGCCAUAUUUCCCCUUUGUGACUCACUUUUCAGACCUUAAAAAGUAUGUAAUUUGAAAGUUGCAGCUUAGGGCAACCUUUACACCCUGAACAACCUUGCAAAGCCUUAUUUGAUGAUACAAAUGACUGUCAGGAACUGCUAGCAGGUGGACUUCCUUUCCGUUACUAGAGCCAUUUCUGGUGUUACAAAGAUAACAGACUGCUCUAGAAAGAGCAAGUGUGAUUUCUCUGUGCAGUGGGUUUGAAUUGGUGCUACACCAGUUGUACACCACACACAACUGUUUAUUGUUCUGUUGUUUUGCCUUUGCUAACUAUCAAAUACUCAUUACCAGUGUGAAGGCCCAUUUUUACCUAUCUGGUUCCCGUUUUUGUAUUGCACUGUGUUCUAUAAAAAUGCUGAAUGUUUUACUUUAAGAAGCUUUUUUGUAUUGUAUUUAAGUUUUACAGCACUUUUCCUUGUCCAAACUUACACCUGAAGGACUGAUGAAAACAUUUGAAUUAACAAAGUUAAUUGAGGUAUUUUGUGUAUAAUUACAAAUAUUGUUGAAAAAAUUAUUAUGAAUGUCAUACUUUUUUUUUAUUGCAGUCUCUAUGAAAUGUUCCACUACACACUUGUCCAAACUAUGCAUGGGAAAAAAUAAACAGUCCUGGAGGAAAUUUUAAGUGCAAAACUCUGCCCACCUGUACUUUCUUAUCUCAGUCUUCACUGUUAUUCUACAGUUCACUCAGUCAGAAAUAUUAGUUUAUCAAUGAAACAUACAUAUUCUUUCCACCAGAAACCACCUAAUGUGAUCAGACUGAAUUGUUUUAUCAUUUUGGCAUUUUUGGAUUUUUUUGUACUGUAAGUGCUUUACAACUUUAGUAUGGCAUAGAGGAUUCUGGUGCAAGUGUGACCAACAGUCCAUUACCGUUUGAAACCUUUGCACUUGCUUUUUGUCUUCUUUAUUUUCUAACCAAAGCUUGACUGGUCUCUGCAAGGAAAUAUGGUGAUUACAGUGGAUUCAGAGUCCUACAAAAACAAAAUUUCAAUUGAAUGCACUUUUCUAAAUGAGCUCAUUUUGUUCAUCUUAUGUUAUUACUGCCUUCAAGUCUUCAUUACUCAAUCAUCUCUCUCAAUCCCACUGUUGUUUUGUCAUUGCACCCAUAGGCCUCUAACUGCAGUUAUCAGAGUAAAAAGAUAUAUAUUUUUCACUUCUUAAGGCUUCAAGGCCAUUCAGUUGUGCAAAUAAAUAGCACAGUUGGAUGUCUGUACCUGUGUACUUCUCAAAAGGUAAGAAAAAUCUGAGGUCAAUCUGACUUGCUGGGUUUUCAUGUUUUUUUUUCCCCCUUACAGUAAAUCAAGGCCACAUGCUUUCAUUACUAAAAUGUCUUGGAAUGCAGUGAUCUACAAUGCUCUGAAGCUGUUUUGUGACUCUGUAAAAAAGUGUUUA